AGCCCCGCGUGUAGGAGAAUGCAGACGGGAGGGGAGGAGUUCACGUCUUUUACUUUUCAAAGCUCCUCUGGCAGAAGAGCUCAGUCUUUGCCUGGAAAACCGCGGAGUUUGGCGCUGAGGCGUCCCGGGCACGUGACACCCCCCACCCCUCCUUCAGCCAGAUUAAUCGCUUCACCGCUGCAGCCCCCGAUUAAACUUUCCAUGCUGUUGCCCGUCCGACGGACAGCACUUUGGAGGUUUGUGUGGACCGUGUUCGCUCCCGCUCGCUCGCCCGUCCGCCGCGCUCCGGCUCUCCACCCUCGGCUCUCCAGGUUCAAAGGGGCUCACGCGGCCAGUGGAGCUGGCCCGGGUCUCCAGCACGCAUGGAGGGAGACGUUAUGGACAAAGUGGAGGCCACGGCAACGGUCCGCGACUUCGACCCCAUCAGCGGAAGCAUUCCGGCCACCAAAGUGGAGAUAACCGUGUCCUGCAGGAAUCUGUUGGACCGAGACACUUUCUCCAAAUCUGACCCUUUGGUUGUGUUGUACACCCAGGGCGUAGAGACCAAACAGUGGCGAGAGUUUGGGAGAACAGAGGUGAUAGACAACACGCUAAACCCAGACUUUGUCAGGAAGUACAUCCUGGACUACUUCUUCGAGGAGAAACAGAAUCUGCGCUUUGACGUGUAUGAUAUUGAUUCUAAAAGUCCAGAUCUGGCAAAGCACCCAACCGAAUUUAACGACUUCCUGGGACAGGUCUUCUGUACGCUGGGAGAGAUCGUGGGCUCACCUGCCAGUCGCUUGGAGAAACCGCUCGGUGGUAUACCCGGGAAGAAAUGUGGAACUGUUAUCUUGUCUGCGGAGGAGCUUGGAAACUGCCGAGAUUACGCCACCAUGCAAUUUUGUGCCAACAAACUGGAUAAAAAGGACUUCUUUGGAAAGUCAGACCCCUUCAUGGUCUUCUACAGAAGUAAUGAGGAUGGCACGUUCACUAUCUGCCACAAGACCGAGGUGGUGAAGAACACACUGAACCCUGUGUGGGAGCCCUUCUCCAUCCCUGUCAGAGCGCUCUGCAAUGGAGACUAUGACAGGACAAUCAAGGUGGAGGUGUAUGACUGGGACAGAGAUGGGAGCCAUGAUUUCAUCGGUGAAUUCACCACAAGUUUCAAAGAGCUGUGUCGGGGUCAGAACCAGCUGAAUGUGUAUGAGGUGGUGAAUGCCAAGAAGAAAAUAAAGAAGAAGAGAUACAUCAACUCUGGGACGGUAUCCUUGUUGUCAUUCAGUGUAGAGUCAGAGCACACCUUCCUGGAUUACAUCAGAGGAGGGACUCAGAUUCACUUCACAGUGGCCAUUGAUUUCACAGCAUCAAAUGGAAAUCCAUCACAGUCCACUUCACUACACUACAUGAACCCAUACCAGAUGAAUGCCUAUGCCAUGGCCCUGAAGGCAGUUGGAGAGAUCAUCCAGGACUAUGACAGUGAUAAGAUGUUCCCUGCCCUAGGAUUCGGUGCUAAGCUGCCCCCUGAUUGGAGGGUUUCCCAUGAGUUUCCACUGAAUGGCAACGUCGACAACCCGUACUGUAAUGGUAUGGAGGGGAUUCUUGAAGCGUACCAUCAAAGCCUUAAGACAGUUCAGCUGUAUGGACCCACCAACUUUGCUCCUGUUGUUAAUCAUGUGGCAAGGUAUGCAGCAGCAGUGCAGGACGGAUCUCAGUACUUUGUCCUGCUCAUCAUCACUGAUGGAGUGAUUUCGGACAUGGCUCAGACCAAGGAGGCCAUAGUGAAUGCAGCCAAACUCCCCAUGUCUAUCAUCAUUGUUGGAGUUGGCCAGGCUGAGUUUGAUGCAAUGGUUGAGCUGGAUGGUGAUGAUGUCAGAAUCUCCUCACGGGGGAAGGUGGCAGAGAGAGACAUUGUACAGUUUGUACCAUUCAGAGACUACAUGGACCGCACAGGUAACCAUGUGCUGAGCAUGGCUCGACUGGCUAAAGACGUACUGGCUGAGAUCCCUGACCAACUGAUCUCCUACAUGAAGAGCAGAGCCAUUAAACCCAACCCUGUGCCAGUGUAUUCGCCCAGUGAUGAGCCGCCGACCAACCCCGUGUGAGCCCCUCCCCGCCCACACACACAAAGCUCUGCGUCAGGCAGAGCAAGGUUGAGAUUGAUGGGAACCCGUCUCCACCAACACUUCUUUGAAGCAAAAAUGCUUUUGAGGCCCUUCCGUAAAUAUUAAUCCAGCGUAACACAAAGAUGAUGAGACUCCAUUGUGGUUUGGAGCAGUGAGACUGCAGAGGGGAACCUGCUAUGAUGAGGGAGCUUACUCUCUGAGUGCUUGAGGACCGGAGCGCUGAGAGACCGGUAUGAAAGGAGCUUUCAGUUGUUCACUGUCUAACCUGACAAAAUAGUGAUGUAAUGGAUAGCAAGUGAGCCCAUAAAGAGGGCCUGUUUGAAGGCAUAAAUAUAUUAGGAUGUGCCAGUGUGUAUCAUGCUUGUGAUACCUUUUGGAAUCAAUGUGUGUAAACUAGGAAAUCAUGUGUAUAAUAAUUUAUUUAUUUAUUGCAGGAAUGAUCUGUUCAUUUUAGGGGGUUUUAAAGGGUGGGGUAUUAAAGUCAUAUUUCCCCAGAAGUUUUCCACCUUAUAUUUUGUGACCAGUAUAAUAAAAACGACCCCCAUUUCUACUUUGAUAAGGACUGUAAUAUAAGAGCAUGUGACAAAACCCAUUCAGCAGUUUAUUAAUCAUGUUCACCUAUGAAUAAUCUUUAAUUGCAAGCUAUAAAGUAGAGCACCUCCUGCGAGCUGUUGCUAUAUAGAUAUUUUAGCACCAUGUCUUAUACAUCUUUCUUAUAUUUAUAUUUACAGAAUGCACUAAAUAUUGUCCAAAUAAAAAGCAC